GUUUUAUCUUUCUGGAAAAUGAUUACGAAUAAUCGCCAUCACGUUUUCGAAGUUUCACAGCAGUUUCGAUUGCGGAACGUUUGGAAAAAGUUAUCGGUGCGUUAUUAAAGAAUUUUAGAAAAAUGAUUUAAAAAGUCGUACUUGUUGAAAACCUGUUUAGAAAUGUCUUCGAAUCGUGUCUCAGUUAACAGCAUUCUUACCGGUACGAAUUUAACGAUUCAUGCGGCAAGAGAGAGUUUACAAAAUAUUAGAAGGAUUAGUGAGGAUAGCUAUUAUGGACUUAACGACGAAAAUUCGGAAAGAACUUGGAAUUAUUCUUAUUUAAGGGAUCAAUUCAAGAUAAAAAAUUUAGAUUUCAUGUUUGAAAAGUACACAAGACGAAUAAAUCAUGCUUAUUUUUCGUUAUUCUUGAUUCUCCUAUUCCUAUUGGGCAUUAUUCAUUUUUGUGUAGUAUUAGCUUCUAAUUUGGCCAAUAACUCUCUAAACGCUGUGAUAUUCGAUCUCGUAUGUUAUAGUAUUCUAAUUGUAUUGUCUGCUGUAACUCUUAUUUUCAACGAAUCUUACUUAUUGAAAAAUUCAAAAUUUAUAAUGACAAUCUCCAUAACAGUUUUUGCAAUAGUGUUCUUAAUUAAUUUCUUAGUACCCCUUUAUCAUUUUUGGAUAAACUUCUAUAUCAUCAGGCCAGCCUAUACCACAAUUAUAAUAUUUUCCUGCUAUUUAUUUUUUAACAUAAAUAAAGGAUACGUGACUUUCAUUCUGGGAUCGUUUGUAUCGCUAUGCGAAAUAUCUUACCUUUGUUUUGUCGUUUAUGGCAUCACAGGGGACUAUAGGGAAGAUUUUCACAUGUGGCAAAAGAUAAGUUCUGAUGUGGUGUUCUUGGUUUGUAUUAACUGCUUAGGUAUUUAUUAUCGUGUUAUAAACGAAAUUGUCCAGAGAAGAACGUUCUUAGACCGGCGAGCUUGCGUAAUGUCCACGUUAAAGCUGAAACACGAAGAAGAACAGGAAGAUCAACUCAUGUCAAGUAUCAUCCCCAAAAAUAUAAUAGAAGAAGUGAAAGUCGACAUUAUGAGAACGAUUCAAGUCAUUGAAACAUCGUCCAGACUUCCUCGACAAAAACCGUUUGAGAAUCCAUACAUUCACGUUUAUGAAAACGUAUCAAUUUUGUAUGCGGAUGUAGUUAAUUUUACAAUGCUUACUGGUACGCUAAGCGUGACCAAAUUGGUUGAAACAUUGAACGAACUUUUUGGAAGUUUUGAUGAUGCUUCUGAGAAACUUAAUGUUUUGCGAAUUAAAUUCUUGGGAGAUUGCUACUAUUGUGUAGCGGGUCUACCUCCAGAUCCUGCACCUAAUCAUGCUGAAGCCUGUGUAGAUCUCGGAUUAGAAAUGAUACAAAUUAUCAGAAAUGUAAGAGAAAGCAGUAAUGUCGGCAUUGGUAUGAGAAUUGGAAUAAAUUCUGGACGAGUUCUGAGCGGUUUGAUCGGUUUAACAAAGUGGCAGUUCGAUGUGUGGUCAACUGAUGUACUUAUUGCUAACAAAAUGGAAUCAACAGGUGAGGCUGGUAAGGUGCAUAUAACAAAGAAGACAAAAGAUUUACUAAAAAAACCCUACUUGAUUGAGCCAACCGAUAAGGGAAGAGUAAUGCCUGAACUUCAACCUUUCAACAUUGAAACUUUUCUUAUUUCACCAUUCGAAGUUAAUGUACAAAGGGAUAGUUUAAGAAAGCUGAGUGUUAUUCUCGACGAAACAGGAGACUCCAACAGUUUGCAACAAUUCUUGGCAAACAGUAAACUCAAUAAAUCGCCAAGUUACAGUUUAUUAAACAAUAGGACUUACAGUAGAACACCUUCAACAUUGAGCAAUGGAACCACAGAUAGUGGUUCCGAAGAUUAUUACUCAUCGAUUUACUCCAGACGCGAAUCUGUGAGAAAGGGGGACGCUCCAGUUGAAAGAAGAGCCAGUGGAUUGAAUUCGUUACGUCUCCCCGUUGCAAUGAGCGAAAGACGUAAAAAUUCUGGUGACAUUAAAAGAAGGACAGCUUUCAUGAAUAACUACAUAAAAAAAUACGCGAGAUAUUUAGAUAAUACCAAUAAGAGCAUGGAAAUGGCUAUAAAAAAGAUGCCUCUCACUAAAUACCAACAAUGGUUCAACGUUAAAGAUAUUCAUCCAUUCUUUCUGGUAUUCCAAAACCUCUCGGUAGAAAUGCAGUUCAUAAAACAAGGGGAUCCUCUCUUUAAAUACGCCAUUUUAAUGCAAAUAUUUUUAAUGCUGUGCUGCACUCUUCUCCAAAAUCUGACACUCAGCACAUGGCAGUCGGUUCUAGUGUUGAAUUACGUUACAUUAGUGUUUUUAGUUGUCGUAAUAACACCAGUAUUAUGGUCUCAGUAUCUUUGGCAGGAAUAUAUGUCCAAUUCGAAUCCCGAAUUAUUACCAAAAUUCACAUAUUUGAGGCUGAUAAUCCAGGUUUCAAAUCGGGUAACCAGUAGUUGGAUUUGGAGAUCUCUCAUUUACAUAAUUACAACAAGUCUAUGUGUAGCCUGCGUUUCAACCGAAUUAGUGCAGUGUAACAAAUACUUCAACGAAAUAAAUACAACGGACAUCAACGAAGAAUGCAUUACACCUUGGAAUAUGACCAGGGCUAUGUCUGUGAUAAUCAUUAUAUUAUUCCUCUUUAUAAAAAUUUAUGUGUGGCUUAAGCUCAUCUUGGUGUGUAUAUUUGUAAGUUUUUUUGCUUACAACAUGUGGACAGCCAGUUAUGAAUUUUUUAUGAGUAGCGAAUCAACAAAUUAUAUGGUGUCCUCUAAUUUGUCACAUGUAAUGAUAACAGUCUUUUUCGCCCUUACAUUACAUUUGGUCGACAGACAAUCAGAUUAUCUUAAUAGACUUGACUAUAAUUGGAAUAGACAAUUAAACGCUGAAAAAAGUCAGGCAAAUAUUAAACAUAAAAUAAACAGCAUGCUCAUUAGAAAUAUUCUUCCAAUUCAUGUAGCUGAAAUGUAUCUGGAUGUUAAUCGAAACGGUGAAGAAUUAUUUCAUGAAGAAUACAAAAAUGUAGCCGUUAUGUUUGCUACUGCAUGCGAUUUUUAUUUUGACAACGUCAGUGAACAAAGAGUAUUAGAAAUUAUGAACCAAUUAAUAGGAGAUUUUGAUAAGCUCUUAUUGUCUCAAAAUGGUCGCUUUGUUGAAAAAAUAAAAGUGAUAAAUUGGACUUACAUGGCUGCAUGCGGGUUAGAACCAGGUCGUAAAGAUUCUCUGGAAGAAAGGUCAGCCUACCAGGAUAUGCCGAGAGAUCAUGUUGUUAUUACACUUGUAAAAUUUGCUGUGGAAAUGAUGAAAGUCUUAAAACAAGUCGCUAAAGAUUCCUUUCAAGAUAAAGCUAAAUUAAGGAUUGGUAUUUCCCAUGGUGAAGUAACAGCAGGUGUUGUGGGUUCACGAAAACCUCUUUACGACAUAUGGGGAGAUUCGGUGAAUAUGGCAUCGAGAAUGGAAACUAGGGGAAUCCCAGGGAAAAUUCAGGUAUCAAAAAAUACCGCGGAAGUGAUACAGAACGAAGGAUACGCUUGCGAAUUCAGAGAUUAUAUUAAUGUGAAGGGUAAAGGAAAUCGUGUACCCACUUAUUUCGUUUCUUUAGAUGAAAAUAACGAACUAGUGCUCCUGUAUGAAUGUUGCAAUACUCGAUUAUAAUACAGUCAUUUGUGUAAUUAUAUCUGAAUACGACGAGACUCGUUACCGGAAGUAAGGAGAGAGUUAUGCAAAAUCGGUAUGGUCUUCAGUUGCUGGUUUCAUAGCGGGAAAGAAAGAAAAUAUACAGUUGUCAACCAUUCGAUCUGCUCACUUGGUCAUCAAAAGCACGACGCAUUGCCAUGUAGCCUACGUUGCGAAAUUAUUAAUUACAGUAUAAAUUAAACAAUUUUAUUGAUA